UCGCUCCCUUCGAGAGCUGAUUUUUCCUCUCUGUAUACACCCACUCUUCUUCUUCUUCUUCUUCGUAUUGAUCCUCGAGAGAUUCGUUUCUAUGGAGCAUGUGAAGGGAAAUGGUUAUGCGAACGGCGCCAAGGCUAUGGAGGGGCUCUGUCUGAAGGGGCGGGACCAGCUGGGGUGGGCGGCGGCGGCGAAGGCGUUGGAGGGGAGUCAUCUCGACGAGGUGAAGCGGAUGGUAAAGGAGUUCCGGAGUCCGGUGGUUAGGCUUGAAGGAGCAGAGCUGAAGAUAUCACAGGUGGCCGCCGUAGCUGCCGGCGCCGCUUCCACCGUAGAGCUCGCAGAGUCCGCUCGGGCCGGCGUGAAGGCCAGUAGCGACUGGGUCAUGGAGAGCAUGGAUUCAGGAGGCGACACCUACGGCGUCACCACCGGCUUCGGUGCCACCUCGCACCGCCGGACGAAGCAGGGCGGCGCACUUCAGAAAGAACUCAUCAGAUUCCUUAAUGCCGGAAUCUUCGGCUCCGGGAAGGAUAACACGCUGCCACCAGCUGCAACCAGGGCGGCGAUGCUUGUGAGGAUCAACACGCUCCUCCAAGGCUAUUCCGGUAUCCGCUUCGAAAUCCUGGAAGCCAUUACCAACCUCCUCAACAACAAGAUCACGCCUUGCCUGCCGCUGAGAGGAACCAUCACUGCCUCCGGCGAUCUUGUCCCCCUGUCCUACAUUGCCGCAAUCUUAACCGGACGCCCCAACGUGAAAGCUAUUACCGCCGAGGGUGCCACCAUUGACGCCGCUGAGGCCUUUCGCCUUGCCGGAAUCUCUGGCGGGUUUUUCGAACUGCAGCCUAAGGAAGGUCUCGCCCUCGUCAACGGUACAGCCGUCGGUUCUGGUCUCGCCUCCACUGUUCUCUUUGAAGCAAAUAUCCUUUCAGUAAUGGCGGAGGUUCUCUCUGCUGUCUUCUGUGAGGUAAUGCAGGGGAAGCCGGAGUACACCGACCACCUCACCCACAAGCUGAAGCACCACCCUGGCCAGAUCGAGGCAGCCGCCAUCAUGGAGCAUGUCUUGGAAGGAAGCUCCUACAUGAAGGUGGCGAAGAAGCUCCACGAAAUGGAUCCUCUGCAGAAGCCGAAACAGGACCGCUAUGCUCUCCGCACUUCACCCCAAUGGCUCGGCCCUCAGAUUGAAGUAAUUCGUGCAGCAACCAAGUCUAUUGAGAGGGAGAUCAAUUCAGUGAACGAUAACCCUCUGAUUGAUGUCUCAAGGAACAUUGCUCUCCAUGGAGGGAACUUCCAGGGCACCCCCAUCGGCGUCUCCAUGGACAAUACAAGGCUCGCCAUUGCCGCAAUUGGGAAGCUCAUGUUUGCUCAAAUCUCAGAACUUGUAAAUGACUUCUACAACAACGGUUUGCCAUCCAAUCUCUCCGGCGGGCGAAACCCGAGCUUGGAUUAUGGUUUCAAGGGCGCAGAGAUAGCCAUGGCUUCCUACUGUUCUGAGCUUCAGUACCUGGCGAAUCCAGUGACGAACCAUGUGCAAAGCGCCGAGCAACACAACCAGGACGUGAACUCUUUGGGACUGAUAUCAUCGAGGAAGACGGCGGAGGCGGUAGAGAUACUGAAGCUUAUGACUUCCACUUUCUUGGUAGCGCUCUGCCAAGCCAUUGAUUUGAGACAUUUGGAAGAGAACUUGAAGAGUGCUGUGAAGAACACGGUGAGCCAGGUGGCUAAGAGGGUGCUCACCAUUGGGGUUAAGGGCGAGCUCCACCCCUCGAGGUUCUGCGAGAAGGAUUUGAUCAAGGUGAUCGACAGGGAGUAUGUGUUUGCCUAUGCCGAUGAUCCCUGCAGCUCUACUUAUCCUCUGAUGCAGAAUCUGAGGCAGGUGCUGGUUGAACAUGCUCUAAACAAUGGCGAGAAGGAGAAGGAAGCUGACUCCUCCAUCUUCCAAAAGAUCACAGCUUUUGAGGAGGAGUUGAAAGCAGUCUUGCCGAAGGAGGUGGAGGCCACAAGGUUGGCUUUUGAGAAUGGAACGUCGACGAUCGGGAACAGGAUCAAGGAUUGUAGGUCUUAUCCUAUUUACAGGUUUGUGAGGGAGGAGCUAGGAACCAGUUUCCUCACUGGCGAGGAGGUGAGAUCUCCUGGGGAAGAGUUCGACAAGGUCUUUAACGCUAUUUGCGAGGGAAAGGCCAUUGAUCCCCUACUCGAGUGCUUACAGGAAUGGGAUGGAGCUCCUCUCCCGAUCUGCUAGGCUUGUGUUGGGCGGAGGAGAUGAUCAUGCCAAAAAUGCUGUUUUGAUCUCUCUUCUUCUCUGUACCUAUGGAAUUGUUGUGAUCUCAAAGUUGUAUGCCAGUUUAUGUCGUUUAGUUACUUCCUUGUUUUAUGUAACAAAGCAUCCAUUCGAUGCAAGUCCCAAUGUAGCAUAAAAGAACCUUAAAAUUAAGCAAUAUGGUGAAAUUAGUUGUGGGCUGUUUUUUUAAGAUUGGAAAA